GGGCAGGACGGCCAGCGCGGCUUGUGUCCGGAGGCCGGGACUCGGGGGCCACAUCAUGGAGCCUGAGCAACUGUUGGAGGGGCAGACGCAGGUUUCGGAAAAUCCUCAUUCGGAAUUCGGCCUCACGGAAAACGUCGAGCGGAUAGUAGAAAAUGAGAAGAUUAACGCGGAGAAGACGUCAAAGCAGAAGGUGGACCUUCAGUCACUGCCCACGCGGGCCUAUCUGGAUCAGACCGUUGUACCGAUCUUAUUACAGGGACUUGCCGUGCUUGCAAAGGAGAGACCUCCCAAUCCCAUUGAAUUUCUAGCAUCGUACCUUUUAAAAAACAAGUCACAGUUUGAAGAUCGAAACUAGUUCCGUGGGAAGGAGAGAAUUUGGUUGCUCCUGUAGAUUUUACAGGAUGGAGGCACUCCAAGUUGCCAUGACUCUUUAUUUUUGUUAUUUUGAAGCUUACGAAUCUUCAGGACCAGAGAUCUUGUUACAGUAGUCCUAUUAGGGAACGUUUCCUCGUCCUUGGCUUUUUUUUUAUUUAAUGAGUAUUUCUUACACUUUAUUCCUUCACUCGUCUCGAACGAUGUUCAGUGACUUUCCGAAUAAAAUGCUAUAACAAUC